UUGCGUAUCUCUGGAGCGUCGCCCACGGAAGCUGAUUCGAACCACAUGUUUGAAGAGAUCACGAGAGGGCAAGAAGAGAAAUCACUUUCGUCACAACAACAAGGCCGCCCUCCAUCGUCAGAAGAAAAGCCAGCGACUGACUGACUCUCUUUCAGUGGCUGUGACGAAUUGUUUCCCUGCGAAAUGGCGAAGCGGGCACUGUGCUGGUUCUUCAGCGCUCUACUUCUACUGAAAACAUGCGAAGGAGUGUUGGAACUGAGACUGGUAGAUGGGCGGAACCCAUUUGAAGGUCGUUUGGAGGUCAGAGACAAGGACAUCAUGGGGCGGCAGUGGGGGACGGUCUGCGACGACCGCUGGGGGAUCAAGGACGCAGAGGUGGCGUGUCGGCAGCUGGGGUUCCCGGGGGCGAUGUGGGCGCACGGCGGCGGGCGGUUCCGUCACGGGUCCGGGCGGAUCUGGCUGAGCGAGCUGCGGUGUGACGGGUCCGAGGACAACCUGGGGGAGUGUGCGCACGGGGGCUGGGAGACCAACUUCUGCGAUCACAGUCAGGACGCUGGGGUCAUCUGUCAUGUCCCCGGAUAUCUUGGCUGCUACCGAGACUUCCUCCUGCCCGAUGAUCGAGUGUUCUAUCACGAGUACCUGCGAACCUUCGCCAUGACCAUACAGAUGUGUACCCAACACUGCCACGGACUGGGGUACAAGUACGCCGGCGCCCAGCGAGGGACGGAGUGUUUCUGCGGGCAGGACGAGCAUUUCGCAAGGCUGGGAAACCGGCGUAAGGACCGUGAGUGUCAGGACCAGUGUGCCGGGGAUCCAGACCAAGUGUGCGGGAGCGGCUACCUGGAAAACAGCAACAGGCUCACCAUAUAUGAUGCUACUAUAGGGGCCUGUGGCGGGAACUGGACAGAUACAGAGGGUGUCAUCUACUCCCCUGGUUUCCCCGGAAACUACACCAAACACGUGACGUGCACGUGGACCGUCACGGUCCCUGAACAUCACGUGAUCGACCUGGACUUCACCAUGCUGCAACUGUCUGACGGUGACGUCAUCGCGAUGGAAGAUCCCGCCGCGGGAUUCAGGACGACCUUCGUCGGUGACGUCAUACCGGAUAUUGCUGUCAGCUGUGCGGAAACGUUACACAUCUCCUUCCGGUCUGCGUCAAGUAAGACUGCAGCUGGUUUCGUCAUGACAUAUCAAGCUGUUAACCGUACAGUUGUUUAUAAUGAGUCAGCUGAAUGGAGAGAAGCCUGCUGGCCACCUAAGGAUGAUCUACUCAUAGAACCUCACACUCAUCAAGACUUUGAUACCAACUGGGUGCUGAUAAUAGGGAUAGCAGUAGGUGCAGGUGUAGUAGUGCUGGUGCUCUGUAUAAUGCUGCUGGCCAUUGUUCUAACCAAAAGGAAACAACAGAACAACAGACAACAGGUAGUCGAGAUGCCGGAUGUCGUGUUCGAGAACAAGAAUACCGUCCUGGGUUUAGAAGCACGUACGCGCACCCGGCCCUUCGUGCAGUCCUCGGAAAACGUGUACGAGAUUCCCACGCCGUCCCCGACCACGUUCUACGAGUCGCCGAGCAGCGAGGACAGUUCUGGAACGCCCCCUGGUGGGAAUGAGUAUGAGAGCAGCCUGGAUUUCCUACAGGGACUGAGGGAAAGCUGGCCGCCACCGCCGCCAGCACACGAGCUGCCAUGAUGAUGAUAUCUUAUUGUUAGUCUCAAUCUCCAGACUAUUAGGGGGUUUUGAAAUGCUGAAUUCUGGAGGGGUCUCGGACAUACUUCUUCUCACCUCCUCCUUCUUAUCCUGAUGUCUUUAUAAAAACAUUACAAAGUGAACAGUAUGCGGCAAACUUAACACAAUUCCUUAAUACACUAUUUACAGUCCAGUACUUUGCUAGUUGCCGCCUGUGUUAUUCCACAAUUGAGACAUUCUGUACAGAAAGCGCCUUUUCUGAGAGUUGGAUUUUGGUUUUGGUACUCUGACUUGAGGAACUAGCGUGUAAGUUGUCAGCCUCUUAGGCUGAGUCUUUCCCACUCUGUUCUGUCUUCAGCUAUUUCCUUGACUACUCGGAAGUCUGGCUCCUCUUGUCUUGUGACUUGAAUAAUCUGGUCCAAGCAUCUUUUUCUUGGCCUGCCGGCUGGUCUUUUAUUUUGGGGUUUCCAGUUUCAGAUUCUUUUCACGUCUUUAUCUUCCGGCAUCUGAAUAUGUACAAUGUACAUGUCCUAACCACCUCAGUUGGCUUCUUUACACAAUGGAGAGACAUACUACGUAGCAAAAAGACCUGAGUAGUUGGUAUACAUGUUAAGACAAAGUGCUUUUUCAUAUGUUGUUAAAUACUUGAAUACAUGAUACAAAACAUGAUACUUAUGACCAAAUUCUUACAAGACUUAUUCAAAAAGGCCAAGUUUAUUAUAUUGUGGCUGAAAUACUUUGGUUUUGGAAUUACAUGCAAUUUGAAACACAUGGAAGUUUAGAAUGAAAAUGAAAGGCAAUCAUAUUCAAUUUUUAUGAUAUCAAAUGAAAAGUUUAGAAUUAUCAAUACAUAUUGUGAAUACUGAUUGUCAGCUAAAGGAUAUAAUCUUUAGUCGAUAGAUUGACAGGGUAGGUGGGAGUCCAGCGUGCAAAAUACCUGGUUGCCCAGUUGCCCCGGGCAACCAAAUUUUUC